UUUAAGCUUUUAAAGCGAUAAUUACCUUUGCCGGUGUUACCUAUCGUCUCUCUUUCCAGUUUCCAUCCCUCUCCUGCCAGUCGAAGGCGACGCAAUUCCAUAAUCUUGCAGGUUCACGAUCAUCGCCGUCGUCUCUCCACCUCUCUAUAGAAUUUGGACUUACAGGAAGCAACUAUGUUUGGCUGUAGCAACUCAGUAUUUUGUGGUUCAUGAUCACCUUCUUUUGGAGCUUCAUCAACCCCAGCUUUUGGUGCUUCAUCUUCUGGUUUUGAUUGCAAAUCCUUAUCCAGUCAAAAACCCUCAGUCUUUGGAAGCAAUCUUUUUGGGUCAACUCAAUUUGGAGCUUCAAGUCAACCCUCUUUUAUCACUCCAAGCACCCCAACAUUUUGGACUUCAACCACCCCUGCCUUUGGUGCCACAUCAGCAUCCGCCUCCAGGUCCACAUCUUCCCCUGCAUUUGGUAGCUCUCCUUUUGGUGCCACAUCAGCAGCCGCCUUUGGUGCCACAUCUACCCCUUCAUUUGGUAGCUCUUCUUUUGGUGCCGGUUCAACAUCCGCCUUUGGUGCCACAUCAGCAUCCGCCUUCGGGUCCCCAUCUACCCCUGCAUUUGGUUUCUCUCCUUUUGGUGCCACAUCAGCAGCCGCCUUUGGUAGUUCUUCUUUUGGUGCCACAUCAGCAUCCGCUUUUGAGUCCACAUCUACUCCUGUAUUUGGUAGCUCUCCUUUUGGUGCCACUAGCUUGCCUUUUAGUUUUUGGUCAAGUCCAGUAUCUGGUCAGUCCAUGUCAGCAUUUGGUAAUGCCACGUCACCGCUUGGGAUGCAAAGUUCACGUUUUGGUGUUGAGGCGACAACACCAGCAUUUGGGAGUUGUGGUUUUGGUCAAACAUCAUUUGGUGGUCAACGUGGUGGAAGUAGAGUAACUCAUUAUGCUCAAACACCUGAGGAAGACAAUGGUGGUGGGACCCACCCUGCUGUAAAAUUAGUGUCAAUAUCCGCAAUGCCUGCAUUCAAAGAGAAAAGUCAUGAAGAACUUAGAUGGGAAGAUUAUCAACAAGGACAUAAAGGGAUUGGUCAGACUUCUAGUGGAAUGGGAUUCAACAACACACAAUCAAACCCUUUUACCUUUCCACCAGCAGUUACCCAAGCAAGCUCUCUCUUCGGGCAGACUGCCCCAUCAUUCGGGCAGGGUACUCCGGCUUUCGGUCAGUCAAAUGCAUUUGGUGGAAACUUGGGAUUCAAUCAGACAACUCCUUUCGUUUCAAUUUCAAUGCCUUUUCAAUUGGCUCAACCUGCUCAAAAUUCAAGCGGUUUUGGCUUCGGGACGCCAACAGGUGGCAUUGGUGGGACAUUAAGCAACAAUUUAGUAUGCUUUUUUGCAUGUUUAAGCAUUAAGGAACAAUAAAAGAUUAUUGUUCUAAAUUGUCCAUAGUUAUGUGUUAGAUACGUGUGGCUUUCGGUUUUUGAUAAAACCAAACCAAAGAUUUUGGUUUUAAGAUUUUGAAAAAUUAUGGUUUUAGUUA